AUGACUCCCCAACAACCUUCCCAAAAAACCCUAGAAGCCCACUGCCGGUGCACUGCUGUGCAUUUCACCAUCACCAUCCCAGCAGACCACCCUCUAAAGAUCAAGUUGUGUCACUGCACGAUCUGCCGGUACACACACGGUACGCCCUGCAGUUUCACUGCCGCGCUUCCACUCAGCGUUGAGCCACAGUUCGUCACACCCUCGCGCAUCAACAGCCUCACAGCCUAUACGUAUCCCGGGGCGCGAUAUACCCGUUUCUUCUGCAGUACCUGCGGUUGCCAGAUUGGGAGGCAGAGCGCUACAGAUGGGAGAUGGUUUAUCUCCAGCGCGAUAUUUAAGGACAGUGACAGCCAGGAUGAGGGUGUUUGGGUGUAUGACGAGCAUGUCUUUACUGGGUCCGCGGCUGAUGGUGGGAUUUCAGGGCUUGUGGCCUCUGUUGGUGGGAGGGAAUUGGGGGUCGAAAAUCCAGCUCCAGCUUCUGCUCCAGCCAGGUCUCCGCCAAAUACACCUACAAGACCACACAAUCGAGACAGUCUUCAAGCCCAAUGCCACUGCGCCGGCGUCUCCUUCACCGUCAGCCGCCCACGACCAGACUUCCUCACAACCCCUAUGAGCAAUGGGUUGACACAUCCAUCCGACAGAACCAAAUGGCUCGCAUCCCUCGACCUCUGCACAGACUGCCGCCUAGUCAACGGGACGAACGUGAUCGGAUGGAUGUUUGUUCCGCUUGAUCACAUCUCGCCUUCUCCCGCCGGCCCGGAUCUGCUCCAUGGAUCAUCGAAAACCUACCACUCCAGCGAGGGUAUAACGCGGAGCUUUUGUGGGACCUGCGGUGCCACGGUUUUCUUUGCUUGGGAUGGACGGCCUGGCGAGGUUAAUGUUGCCACGGGCCUUUUGCGUGCAACGGAAGGUGUUAUGGCCGAGGCGUGGAUCCUGUGGAUGGCUGGGAGGAUUUCGUGGUUUGAAGAUGGGGUGGUGUUUCAUGAACAAUUUGCGAGGAGUUUGAGGGAUGGGUUGAGGGAUUGGGGGAGGAAACGCGGGCAGGGGGAGGGUUGGAUAGCGCCUUAG